AUGGAGGACAACAUCACACUCGCCAACUACUCAACCACCAGUUCCAGAUUCUGCAAAUACGAUCAGCCAGACACUGAUAUUGAGAAAUUUGCCAAACGCACCGUCAUCGUAUUGCUUCUUGUGCUAGGUGUUUUGGGCAACAUUUUUGUCAUUAUUCUCGCUACUAAAUACACAGUACGCAAAAAUCUGCACCAUUGGAUCAUCAACAUGGCUGUGUCGGAUCUCAUUUUUCUUCUCAGCUUCUUAAUACUGGAAAUUCCCUGGUUGUCUGACAAUAAAUGGAGUGAUUGUCCUAACGGUAUGUUGGGUAUUGUACUCUGCGACAUUUUACAAUUCUUGAUAAGGGUUUCGUUUAGAGUAUCUCUAAUAACUCUAUUGGUGGUCAGCAUUAGACGAUUCAGAGCAACGAGACAUACAAUACAAAUAUCGCUGCCAUAUACACUUCGAAAUACAAUGAAAGAAGUCGCCAUCUGCUGGUUAAUUCCCAUUCCCGUCACUGCUUACAGAACGUAUGGGUCUAUUUGGUUUGUUACGGUGGCAGAAGCAAUUUUACUUGUUAUUUUGUGCUGCAUAAUAUUCGAUCUUAGUAUUAUAACAAUAAGACGACUGUCCCAACCUCACGCCAUCCAAUCCCAUCUAAACGAACAGCAGCGUAAAAUGCGAAGACGUCGAGCUCAAGCAGCCGUGCGAAUGGUUCUCGUCUCUACAUUGCUGUACACAUGUUGCUCGCUGCCAUCUUACGUUGUUCACGCUUUGGAUUCGGUAGAACCAAUUGAAAUCAUUGAUUAUUCAGCCUGCAUAGACUGGGAAUCUUUUGAAUUUAUCUCUGAUUACUUUUUUCCUGUUGUCAACUCCUGCUUCAGUCCUCUUAUCUACAUCAUCUACCUGCCUGACUUUCGACAAGCUGCAAAGCAUGUACUGUGCGGAAGAGCAAUACAGAGCCGAGAACCGAACAGCCAAAACUCUACUGAGCAGCAAUCACAUCGGGUUGAACCCUUUAUAUUAAGGUCUAACAGAGUAAGAAAUUUUGAGACGAAUUGAAGUCGAGUGAAUAACAACAAUUUUGACGUUGAAAUGCCGUCAACCGUGAUGGAGGAGGCUAUAAAUUUGUUAA